UGGCUUCCCGGCAGUGCACUGAAAUUCGAAGUUUGCCUAUAACCACAAAUGAAAGCGGGAUUUGGAGUGAUACCACCAUUGCAAGACCGUUUCUAAAUAUAUGCGAUUGGGCUAACCUAGCAUGCUGCUUUUAAUUAAUGCCAUUCUAAUCUUAUGGAUUUCUACUGUUGAGGGGCAAGUGGGACAUUGUGAUUUUCCAAGAAUCAACCAUGGAAUUCUUUAUGGUGACAAGAAAGAUCCGCCCUUUUCCUCAGUUCCUGUUGGGAAAACUUUUUAUUAUUCUUGUGAAUAUAGUUUUGUGUCUCCUUCAAAAUCCUUUUGGAAUCGCAUAACAUGCAGGGAGGAAGGAUGGUCGCCAACACCCAGGUGCCUCAGACUGUGUUUCUUUCCUUUUGUGGAAAAUGGUCAUUCUGCAUCUUCAGGACAAACACAUUUGGAAGGGGACACUGUACAAAUUGUCUGUGACAUCGGCUACAGCCUUCCUGGUAAUACUGACAUCAUUACAUGUUUGGAAGAUGGAUGGUCUUCUCCCCCCAAAUGCAGUUCCACCGAUAUAGAAUGUCUUGUUCCAUUUUUAGAAGCUAACAUACAUGUUUAUCCAAAACAAGAAAAAUACACACCUGGAGAUGUGUUGCAAUUUUCCUGCAGACAAGGACUUGUAAGAGUUGGACCAGAUUCAGUUCAAUGCUAUCAUUUUGGAUGGUCACCUAAUUUUCCAACAUGUAAAGAGCAAGUACAGUCAUGUGGUCAACCCCCUCAACUCCCCAAUGGUAAAACAAAACAGAUAAGGAAAGAAGAAUAUGAACACGGUGAAAUGGUGGAGUAUGAUUGCAAUCCCGCUUUUCUAAUGAUGGGACCUAAGAACAUACAGUGCAUCGAUGGAGAAUGGACAAAUCUGCCUACUUGUUUUGAACACGUGAAAACAUGUGGAUAUGUACCUCACCUCAAGAAUGGCUAUGCCCAGCCCUCAGUCCCUCCCUAUCGACCUGGUGUUUCUGUGGAACUGCACUGCAGAAAUGCAUAUACAAUGGUUGGAAAUAAUGUAAUUACUUGUAUUGAUGGAAUGUGGACUGAACUUCCCAAGUGUGUUGCAACCGACCAACUUAAGGGUUGCAAAAUACCAAAUUUUUAUCGAAGAAAACUGAUAAGUCCGUGGAUGCCUGAAUAUAAUCAUAAUGCCAGAAUAAAUUACAGAUGUUUGGGGAAGAGUGCACAGAUGCAAAUAUCCUGCAUAAAUGGAAACUGGUAUCCUGAACCAAACUGCAGAGGAAAAGAGACACAACUCUGCCCACCUCCACCUCAGAUACCUAAUGCUCAGAAUAUGCUAACCACAGUGAAUUAUCAGGAUGGAGAAAAAGUAGCUAUUCUUUGCAAAGAAAAUUAUCUACUUCACGGAGCAAGAGAAAUUGUGUGUAAAAGUGGAAAAUGGCAGUCAUUACCACAGUGUAUUGAGUCUACACAAUAUUGUGGUUCCCCUCCACCUAUUAGCAAUGGAGAUAUCACCUCAUUCCCAUUAACAGUAUAUCCUCCAGGAUCAAAAGUCCAGUACCAUUGCCAGUCUUUCUAUGAACUUCGGGGCUCCAUAGAUGUAACGUGCAGAAAUGGACAGUGGUCAGAACCACCAAAAUGCAUAGAUGCAUGUAUAAUAUCUGAAGAUAACAUGAACAAAUAUAACGUACAGUUAAGAGGAAAAGACACCAAAAAACUUUAUGUAAAAACAGGGGAUUUUGUUGAAUUUGAAUGUAAAUGGCCACAUAAAGCAAACACAUCAAUACAGUCAUUUCGGGCAAUCUGUCAGGAAGGGGAAGUUGAAUAUCCCAGAUGUGAAUGAAACAAGCAUUAAUUUCCCUGAAUAUAAAUUUUAAAGUAAUGCUGUAUGUAUGUUGUAAGUAUGCAUUAUAUAGGCAAUUCUAUAAUUAAUGUAUUUAUUCUUUCGA